UAUGUGUCGUCCCCUGAGACCAGAGUGCUCACAGGUUCACGCUGUCUGACUCCUAAAGCUUCUCAAGAUGGACUUCAUCAGUGUGCUGUCCUGCCUCAGCCUGGUGCUGGCUGCUGCUGCUGCCCAGGCACCAAAGCCCUGUGUUUCUCCCCCGCUGAUGAGUGGAGGUUUCACUUUGAUCGAUACCAGUGGAGUCUACACGGCUGUGGGAACAAUAAGCUAUGACGCUUUUGGUAAGAGGAUGCGGGUUAGAACCUACACGCUUGUUGCCAAUCAGACCUCUUCUAUGGACCAGCUGAUGCUUUUCAACCAGAAAGUCUACUAUGAGAUCGACUGGAGCAGAUUCUCUUGCAAGAAGAAAGCACUGGAUACUACCUUCGUUCCCAUGCAAGUUCCCUCUAAUGCUCAAAACAUGGGUCAGGUUUUCAUGGGCUCCUCUUCCUCCUGGGGUAUGGGCGUGCUGGUCAACAACUGGAAUGGAGAACUGCCACAGAACGGCACAUAUUCGUUUGUCUUCACUGAGACUGGCUGCAUCCCUCUGACUAUGUCUGUCCACACUCCAGCAUCUGGCUGGUCCAUGAUCAGCACCUACAACUGGGUUUUGGGCAACACAGACCCCAUGGACUACACCCCUCCUUUCUUCUGUGCCAAGUCUAAACUGGAGGAGGAGGAGACACCAGAUACCUUCUUCACUGCCAUUCAGUCUCUGGCCAGGAAGACCAAGAGAGAGCAGUAGACAUCUGGAGCAUCUCACCAAGAUAAUCACUGAUACUGCUCCUGUUACGGCAGCGGAGCUAAAUUAUAGCAUAAUAGGGUAAAACCCAAACUCAUUCAACAUAGUAGGAGCAAAUCCAGGCUUUAAGUGUGAAAUAAGUGGAGGUACACUAUGGCAGCUAAGUAAAGGAGACCUUUCAAUAACAACUUAUAGCUACAUCCCAGCUAUGUCUUCUAUCUCUGUCAUCCUCUUCAAUAAAAUCAGUUAAAAGCAUUGAAUGACAUUGUA